AAAUGAAAACAUUUUGACCACAUUUUUGUGACAUUUAUUUGCAUUUCAUAACAAACAUACAAUAAUUGUAUUACAAUUCGUUCAUACAAUCAUCACUUCAUUUGAUCCCAAGAUACGACACAACAGUUGAUACAAAUGAUGGCAUCACUCGAGACCACAGAUGACGGCAAUGAAGACAACACUCAACAGCCACAAAUCUAUGCCAAAGACUCUUUGGAUCGAUUCGGUGAUGACUUAUUUGGACACAUAGUGUCUUAUCUCUCACUCGAAGAUCGAUUUCGUAACGAAUGUGUUUCUAAACAGUUCCAGAGGACUGUCUUCGAGAGUGUUGUGGACAUCAAUAUAGACGACAAACUCAUGAGUAGAGCACAGAAGAGAACCGAGACUUUAAGCUAUUUGUUUGAAUCGAUUGCCAGAAAGUGUCCAAACAUUGAGACCAUUGACUGCAGAGGAAUAACCACUUGUUUGGAACAGAUUGUCGGGUGUAGGAGAAGAAUGUCGGACACAUCUCGAGACAAUUGUCGGGCAAUUGUCUUAGCAUUGAAUGAAAGCAAAUGCGAAAUAUUACCACUAUUUCGAGAGAAUUGCCGAUAUUUGCGGCAAAUUUACUGCAAUUUAAUGCCGAAUAAGAAUCACUUCUUUGAGAUAUUCGGACCACUGAUCACACGAAUCGAUUCCGGAAUGAAUUAUUCGGAGAACCAAUCACUCAUUCAUUGCCACCGAUUGUCACAAUUAACUGUCAACUCGUUGUCCGAUGUCUUCGACUAUACUUCCGGACUAUUGGUGAAGAAUAUGCAGACAUUUUCAUUUUCUUACCAUCCAAUGGAUUAUAAGAAAUACUUCUCUGCAUUUGUGGCACAGAAUCAGUCCCUCAAACGUCUCGAUCUGUAUGUUAUGGGAUAUCAAACUCACGAGUCUAUGGCUGAACUGUGCGGACAAUUGUCACGAUUACCGCAAUUACGGGAUUUAACGCUCGAUUUCAUUAACUUUAAUUACCAGAACUUAAUUAACGACUCUUUGCGUACAAUUGACGUGAAUUGCAAACAAUUGCAACGAUUGUCACUCCGAUUGAACAACAAUUGGUCAAAGGAUAUGAAUGACAGGGCAUUGGAUUCGUUGAAAACUUAUCGCGGAUUAAAACGAUUGGAUAUAACACUUAGUUCAGCCAUUGAUGACACGUCUUUGGAACCGUUGAAACUCUGCCACCGAUUGACACACUUAACGCUUAAUAUUAAUACGUGGGAAAUGAGUGAACAAUUAAUGUAUAAUUGUGACCAAUAUUUGCCUCGACUUCAGUGCCUAUCUAUUAGUCUCUAUCAGCGAAUAAACGCCGAGUGUUUGUCACACAUCUCAAGACUACCGGCGCUGCAAAUGCUUAUCAUUAAAGUCAAGCCAAACAUUAAUCUCUCGUAUAAUGAUUUGAAUGCUGUGUUGUCUUCGAGUCCUAAACUCAAGACAAUUGAAUUGCGUGAAUACAAAUCCAAUGCAAUCCACUUUCAUAACGAUCUCUAUCAACAAAAAUUGGUUUUCAUAUAA